AUGUUGGUUUGGACGCUGUUGAUAUUUUACAACUCCGCUAUUUUUUUCUCAAUCGGCCCGACAGAGUAUGUAGUGCUAAUAGCACCGCCUGGUCCGAUGAACGGAACUGGGUCGGCGGGAUGGAAUCAUUGCUUUGAAAGUUCCGUUGGCCUGGAUAUAGAAACGGUUAGAUCCGAGAUGAGCCGUUCGGAUCUGAAGAGACUUUCUAUUCAAGAGUGCAUUGACACUUUCGCGCAAGACUAUGUAUCCGGGCAAAGGAUGCUCGUUUUGGUGACGGAGGAUCCAAUGCCAGAAGGCGAGCAUUUGGGAUUCAUGGGAAGGCCACAUGCCAUUGCGACCAACGUUGAUGGCAGUACCUUCGAAUGGAUGUGUGAUAGUGGGGGUGGUAGUGAGGAUGUUUGUAGCAAAGAUCUUGUGAAUGAGAUGGUUGAUGGAGAGGAAUGGAGCGUCCAUCCAAUUGAACCAUCUAUUCAAUUGAUACAGGCGCAGAUCCCCACCGAGAACGGAUUCAAGAACGUUUCAAUGGGCUCUUGGAUUCCCAACACGCCAGAUACCAAACGCUUGGAUGACGUUCUGUACCAAUUCACACACGAGGACGAGGUGCAGGCUGCACUUGACGAUCCUUCUAAUUGGGUCAAUGCUUCCUUCCAGGGAAAUGUGACGAUCUCUCUGUCGGUUCAUUGUCCUGGCAAUUAUUAUCAACCACCCAGAGGGGUGAGACUGGUGCAGGCACGUCGAAUUGGACACUGUUUGACAGUUCCUAGGGACGAGUCUUGCCGAAUGAUGUUUAGCCCGCCAAUUUGUCUGCUUGUUAUUGGGUGUAACUUAGUAAAACUUAUCUGCGCGCUAUUGACCGCGCGCGAUGGUAGGCAGGAGUUGUUCCUUACAAUUGGGGACGCGAUCGCAUCUUAUCUUGCUUGUCCAGAUCUGAGGACAGAGGGGGCCUGUCUGUUGUCUAAGGGGCUGGUCGUCAAAGGGUCUCAGGGCUGGCGCAGGAAGACGAAAAAGAAGGACAAAAUGCUGGAUAUUCCAGCAUACUCAAAGCUUCCACUUCAACUACCUUCCCGAAAACGAUGGUUUCAAGCCGUGAGCACGGGACUGUGGAUCUCUACAAUUACCCUAUGCCUAUGCAUAAUUAGCCUGAGCAUCUACGCUGUUACCGUCGCCAUCCCCUGGUUUUCCAACUUGUCUCGCGGAACCAUCUGGGAUAACAGUCUGGGCGAAGCACGCCCAUCAACUCUAAUAGAAAUACCUACCCCACCCGGCGCAACGGGAAUAUUCGCCAUGAUCCUCCUACCCAACGUCCUACAACUCUUCGUCUCAAUCGCCUACUUCAUGCUCAAUGCCCUGCUGACCGCUAUGCUCGGAGCCAUGGAAUACAACAACUACGCGCGAAAUCGCAAACCGCUACGCGUCUCCUGGCCCCGUGGAGCCCAGCGCUCCACUUACUACCUCUCACUACCGUAUCGAUACAGCCUCCCGCUCCUAGUCGCCUCCGCGGUUCUACACUGGCUCGUCUCAGAAAGCUUGUUCUUUGUACAGAUCACUCCCUUUGAUAUAAAUGGCGAGCCUAUCUCUUCCUCGCAGUCUACCACGUGUGGUUACUCACCUGUUGCUAUGUUGUUCGCUAUUAUCGUUGGCGGUUCGCUAUUUCUCGUCCCAAUACUCCUGAGCCUACGCCGCUUUGAAUUCCCGAUGCCGCUAGUGGUACAGUGUAGUGCGGCUAUCAGUGCCGCCUGCCAUCCUAUGACGUCCAGCAUGGACGAUACCGCUAACCAUGCGCUCAAACCUGUGCAGUGGGGUGAGAUUCCGGGCAUCUACUCGGAUCGAGACCUGAUGGUAUUUUCACAUCGGAUCGACGGUGAUGAGGAUGCCGGUGGGAGAGGGAGUGGAAAUGAGGAGCUGCAACAGAUGCUACCGAACGCAGAUCUUAAUGAUUUGGCUCGCAGUGAGAGAAGGGGACACUCUGCGCCCGCGGGGAAUGCGGGAUCGACCAUCUAUAUUGCGCAGAUAGAAGCUUUCUUUACAUUGAAUUUCUUUUGUCUUGUUUACAUUUACGCCGACCGGUUUGUGGCCUUACAAUUCAGGUUGCAGGACCUCGAGAAUCGAUUUCCCGAGUCCUGUAUAUAG